UAUUGAUAUUCUUUUUUUCUAAAUCAAUUUUCAAUUAACCUCUCCUCUCUUUCUCCUUCUCUUCUUCUUCUUUUUCCAUUAAUGGCGGACACUGGCGUAGUCACCGUUUACGGAAAUGGUGUCAUUUGUGAGGCUACCAAGAAAUCUCCCUUCUCCGUCAAGGCCAGUUUGGCCCAAAUACUUCGCGGCGGCGUAAUUAUGGACGUCGUUAAUGCUCAGCAGGCUCGAAUCGCUGAAGAGGCCGGUGCCUGCGCCGUCAUGGCCCUCGAGAAAGUUCCCGCCGACAUUAGGGCUCAAGGUGGAGUCGCUCGCAUGAGCGAUCCUCGAUUAAUCAAGGAAAUCAAGCAAGCCGUGACCAUCCCUGUCAUGGCCAAUGCUCGAAUUGGUCAUUUCGUCGAAGCUCAAAUCCUUGAAGCCAUCGGCGUCGAUUACAUCGACGAGAGCGAGGUUCUGACUCCAGCUGAUGAUAAGAACCACAUCAACAAGCAUAAUUUUCGGAUCCCCUUCGUAUGUGGAUGCCGAAAUUUAGGGGAAGCGCUACGCCGAAUUCGCGAAGGCGCGGCGAUGAUUCGUACCAAAGGCGAAGCCGGAACUGGAAAUAUUGUCGAGGCUGUUCGGCAUGUGAGGUCUGUGAUGGGAGACAUUAGAAUGCUGAGGAAUAUGGACGAUGAUGAAGUUUUCUGUUACGCAAAGCGAAUUGGGGCACCGUAUGACUUGGUGAUGCAGACCAAACAGCUCGGCCGGCUGCCGGUGGUACAUUUCGCAGCUGGAGGAAUUGCAACUCCGGCUGAUGCGGCGAUGAUGAUGCAAUUGGGUUGCGACGGAGUAUUCGUCGGCUCCGGCGUGUUCAAGAGCAGCGAUCCAGAAAAACGGGCUAGGGCUAUUGUAAGAGCCGUAACGCAUUACAGCGAUCCUGAUGUGCUUGCAGAGGUGAGCUUUGGAUUGGGUGAACCCGUGGCCGGAAUUAACCUCAGCGAUGGCAAUGUGAAUGUUGAGAGGUAUGCAAAUCGGUCGGAGUAAUUUGGGUUUCUUCUUUUUCGUUUGUGAAUCAGAUCAGAGGCUCAAUGAUCCGAUUUCCAGGAAGGUGAUCUUCUUGAAAUCUUGAAGUUUAGUAAUCCUUAUAGCUUUAUAUGAUCCAUUUGAGUAAAUUUGUUAUCUCUUUCGUUUCUUGAGGAGAUACCAAUAAACAUAUUCGUAAUAUGAGUUAUUUUUGUCAAUAAUUAUGUGUUUUCGUAUGUGGGGCUUUUUUCUUUUUCCUUUUUUUUUUUUUUUGGCAACUUUCAUGUUUUAGGAUUGAGUUUUAGAAUGAAUGGUUUUGUUGAACCAUGAUUAUAUUACUGAAUGAUUAAAGCCACACAGAAAAUUUGUAAAUUAUGAGUGUGAUUUAUCUUUGAUGCGUGAAAAGUUUUCAUCUUUAUCCAUCAA